ACGAUCGAGAAGAUGGCGAAGGAAGGAGAUCAAGAUUGGAGGAAGAUGGCGGAUACCCACAAGAUGAGCCCGGAAGAAGUGAGGGCCGCCGGAGUCGAGGCGUCGAAGCGGCCGCCCGGACAAAGGCCCGGCGAGGUCCUGCACCAGCGGCGCAGCCUGCCCUACAGCUUCGCCACCAUGGCCGUCGCCGGCUUGCUCAUAACCGGGGCCGUCGGCUACUUCACGCUCUACAUGUUGAAGAAGCCCGAGGCCGAUGCUGGGGACGUCGCCAAAGUGGCCACCGGCGUCGGUAGGCCCGAGGACACUCACCCGAGGAAGUAGCCGACCGACGCCACCUGGUUUCGGAUUCUUUGGGUUUCUCUUUUCAUUAAAGAAGGUUGUAUCAGCUACUUAUGACUUAUGAGAUUACUUAGAAGGUCGAGGAUUUGAUGAAUUGAAUGCGCG